AUAUUAAACGAAUAAUGACACAAAUUAGCAUUAGGAGUUAAUUAUAUUAACAAAGAAUUAAUACAAAUGGUGACCAUUGACCUUAUUUUACAAGGUUCGUUUUAUUUUUUUACUCUCUGUUUGAACCAACGUGGAUUCAAAGCCACGAAGAAACCGUAGAAUUGUCUUCUUGGUCUCCCUUAUUAAAUUUCACACACACUCUCUCUCUCAACAAUAUAAAGUCUCAAUAAUAAAUCUCUUUUCUCUCUCAAUUCAUUUCAUUACAAACCCCAAAAACCCCCCAAAAAAAGAAAAAGAAAAAUGGGGAUUAAAUUCAAAUCUCCAAUCUCAUCACCGUCGACCCAUCUCCUCAUUUUUCUUUUAGCCGCCGCCGCCGUCGCAGCCGUAGCCGCCGCCGCUGCCCCCAAUGGCGGCGUUCUACGGUUUAAAGAAGCUCCCAAAUUCUACAACUCUCCAAAUUGUCCAAAAAAUGUCACGUGCUCCUCCUACAACGAUGUCACGUGCUCGGACAAUUCAGUACACGUGGCGAUGACCCUCGACGCAGCUUAUCUCCGGGGAUCAAUGGCUGCGAUUCUCUCCGUACUCCAACACUCUUCUUGUCCGGAAAACAUUCAAUUCCACUUCGUCACUUCUUCCUCCGCCGAUUCAGAUUCUCUCCGCUCAGCCCUCUCAGGUUCUUUCCCUUACUUGAAAUUCCAAAUCUACCCUUUCAGCGAUGACUCCGUAGUCGCCGGCCUAAUCUCCACCUCCAUUCGCUCCGCCCUCGAUUGCCCACUAAACUACGCUCGAAACUACCUCGCCGAACUCCUUCCCACCACCGUACGGCGCGUGGUUUACCUUGAUUCCGAUCUCGUCCUAGUCGACGACAUCGCCAAGCUCGCCGCCACACCUCUCGGAGACGACACCGUUUUGGCGGCGCCGGAGUACUGCAACGCGAACUUCACCUCUUACUUCACGCCUUCUUUCUGGUCAAACCCUUCUCUCUCGAUGACCUUCGCCGGUCGGGAAGCGUGUUACUUUAACACCGGAGUAAUGGUUAUGGACUUGGAGAGGUGGCGCGUGGGCGGGUACACGGCUAAGAUUAUUGAGUGGAUGGAGCUCCAGAAGAGAAUGCGGAUCUACGAGCUGGGUUCUCUUCCGCCGUUUCUUUUGGUGUUCGCCGGGAAUAUUGCUCCGGUGGAUCACAGGUGGAACCAACAUGGGCUCGGUGGUGAUAAUUUUCGUGGGCUUUGUCGUGAUCUUCAUCCGGGCCCAGUAAGCCUGCUUCAUUGGAGUGGCAAAGGAAAGCCUUGGGCCCGACUCGAUGCCAACAGGCCCUGUCCAUUGGAUGCUCUAUGGGCUCCUUAUGAUCUUUUACAAACACCUUUUGUUCUCGAGUCUUAGAUUUUUGACGGUAUUUUAUUUUUUAUAUUUUUGAAAAUUUUGAGUUUUGGUGGGAUGGAGUAUAUAUAUAUUACAAUAUAUACAUACACUUUGUGCUCAAACUUAAUUUUACAGCGUCCUUUAGUGAGAUGGAAAAAAAAAUCCAAAAAAGAAAAAAAAAAGUGUACAUUAUAUAGCCAUUAAUAGACUUUAUCAUUACAAUAAUAUAUAUGAUCCUUUUCAAUUUUA